UACACUCGGCCAAUUAGAACUCCGAUUACAUUCAGUGAUUAGUUUGUGGGCAGUGCAAUGAUGUGUCGGUACCGUUUAUUCAUGAAGAUGAGUUUUUCAGUAGUUUCCCUCUCGGUUCCAAGCUGUGCUGUCUUCAAUUAGCGACUGGUACACGAUACAAUUAUGGAGAUUUGAAGAGAAAGCGUUUUCUGAGAGGAGGGGUGUCCCUCCCUCUUCAUCCCUCCUUUUGUUGGUGCUCCGCUUGUGCCAGGAACUUAUACAUAUGAACAUAAUGCAAAAAAUAUUUUUUUAAAGACUUCAAAUGAGCGUAUGAAUUGAUAUAUAUAUAUAUAUAUUUAUAUAAAUAUUUAGAGCGUUUAGUGCCAAAGCAAUUUUAUAGCACAAAAACCGCACGAGGAAGUUGUGGCAUUAAUGUGCUAUCAUUUCUGAGCUCUGUUAAUGUAGACAAAGCGAUUAAGAAUGGAGUGCGUGUUUCCCGAGUGCACUGCGCGGUGCCGCUCUCUCCAGCAUGCAUCGGACAUUAUUUCUGUUAUAACCAGAGCAAAUGAGCAACAGAUAAAAGCCUUUCUCUCUUCGUACUGCUGCAAUGGCGCUACGCUGAAGGAUGGGUUUGGACGUAAUGCUGUACACGUUGCAGCAUCCUGCGGGAAACGGGAAGUAGUGGAUUGGCUGGCGUUGGCCAAAGGAGUUGAUUUGUCGGUCAAAGACAAAGAGUCAGGAUGGACUGCUUUGCACAGAAGCAUCUUUUAUGGGCAUAUUGAUUGUGCUCUGUCCCUGAUGAAACAUGGUGGUAAUCUUCACAUUCAAGACAAAGAUGGAUACUCUGCACUGGAUUUGUUAAUGAAAGACAGACCUUCUCAUGUUGUUUUCAAAACCAGUGAUCUUACAGAGCUCUACACGUGGGGGAAUAAUAUUAAUUUCACCCUGGGACAUGGAAGUCAACAGAGCAAGCAUCAUCCUGAGUUAGUUGACAUGUUUCCUCGUUCUGGAAUCUAUAUAAAACAGAUGGUACUUUGUAAAUUCCACUCUGUGUUCCUGUCACAGAAGGGUCAGGUUUAUACUUGCGGUCAUGGCCAAGGGGGACGUCUUGGUCAUGGAGAUGAACUCACCUACCUGGUUCCGAGAUUGGUAGAAGGUCUAAGCAGUCACCCAUGUGCUCAAGUUGCUGCCGCCAAAGAUCAUACAGUCAUAUUGACGGAAGAUGGACUUGUUUACACCUUUGGCUUAAAUUCUUUUCAUCAGUUAGGUAUCCUGCCUCCUCCUUCCAACUGCAGUGUUCCUAGACAGAUUCAAGUGAAAACAUUGAAAGGAAAAACUGUUAUAGGGGUGGCUGCUGGAAGGUUUCACACUGUGCUGUGGACCAAAGAUGCUGUGUAUACAAUGGGACUGAACGGAGGGCAACUAGGAUAUCUGCUGGAUCCUAAUGGAGAGAAGUAUGUAAGCACCCCUCGCCAGGUGUCAGCCUUGCAUCACAAAGACAUCAGUAUAUCACUUGUAUCUUCGAGCGAUGGGGCUACAGUCUGUGUCAGUGAAAGAGGAGAUAUUUAUCUUUUAUCCGAGUAUCAAUGCAAGAAACUAGCAUCAAAGCAACUCAACUUAAAGAAGGUCCUUGUAUCUGGUGGGUUUCUGGAGUACAAGGCCGAUACUCAGUAUCUGAAAGAAAAUGGCGGUCAGCCUGUUUGUAUCCUUGCGCUGGAUCAGGCUGGCAGAGUCUUUUGCUGGAAGUCGCCAAAUAGCUCCAUUAAGCAGUGCAGAUGGGUAUAUGGCAGGCAAGUCUUUAUGUCUGACAUUGCCCUUAAUAAGAACGAAAUGAUGUUUGUCACGCAGGAAGGUGAAGGAUUUGUUGGAAAGUGGAUGCCUGAAAAGAAGAAAAAUAUUGAGAGAAAAGCGAGUUCUAUGUCCGAUUCAUCCUUUCUCUGUGAUGCGCGCAGUGUGUAUGAAAGAAUUUGCCUUCAGAAGCUUUCCUUUGUCCACAGGGCUGUUAGUGUAACUACAGAUCCCAAUGGAUGUAAUUUUGCUGUGUUGCAAUCUGAUCCGAAAUCCAGCCUUUUCGAAGUCCCUGUUGUCUCUGCCUCAGUCUUUGCUGAAGAUUUUGAGAAGCUGCUCAGUGAGGUGGAUGAAACGGACAACAUCCACGAUGUGUCCUUCCAGUUGGAUUCACAGAUUUUCCCGGCUCACAAAUACAUACUUUCCAUGAGAUCUGACUUCUUCAGAAACCUCUUCUUUUCUGGCAAAGACAACCCGCUUGACUUUCCUGAUGUUUACCAGAAAGGUGAAGAUGCAGCAGGGUGCGAUCUGUAUGUAAUUGAUAAAAUGCAUCCUGAGCUGUUUGCCUAUAUUAUGCAGUUCAUCUAUACAGACAAAUGUGAUAUGCUGGUGCAAGGCCAUAAACCGAGGUUAUGUUACAAGGAGAAGACAGAACACAAAGACUCGAUAAUCUCCGAGUUACAGAAGAUGAGCUUUAACGAGGAAGUAAGAGGAAAGUCUGCAUAUGAGGUUUACAAAAACAACCAGAGUGAAAAACAGAAAGGCAAGGCAAAGCCCUCCAAGAAAGGCAAAUACGGUGAAGAAACCAGUUCUAGCCCUGUAAAAAUGCUGCAGAAUGUUGCCAAGAAGUUUGGACUCAACAGUCUGAGCUCAAGGUUGGAUGGAGUAAAAUAUGAACAUGGAACAAUUCACGUUGUUCAUAGGAAAAGUGGAAACAGACCAAGAUUUAACCAAAAGAAAUGCUCCUCUCUGUGUGAUGUCACUAUGAGGUCAGAAGACGGAAAAGAAUUCAACUGCCAUAAAUGUGUGCUCUGUGCAAGAUUAGACUAUUUCCACAGUAUGCUUAGCAGCUCUUGGAUUGAGGCAACUUCUUGUUCAGCUCUGGAAAUGCCUGUUCGCACAGAUGUCCUGCAAGUUAUCAUCGACUAUAUCUAUACAGAUGAAGCCGUUGCAGUUAAAGAAUCGGCAAAUGUUGAGUUUAUUUGUAACGUCCUUGCGAUGGCUGAUCAGCUCCUGGUUGUUCGACUGAAGGAAAUGUGUGAAGUCAUACUGACCGAAAGAAUUACUCUAAAGAAUGCGGCUGAGCUCUUGGAAUUUGCCUCUUUGUACAAUGCCGAACAGCUGAAGCUUUCAUGCUUCCAAUACAUCGGACUCAACAUGGCAGCUUUACUAGAAGCAAGGUCUUUGGAUGUGCUGAGUGAUGAUGUUCUGAAGGACCUGGCAGAUGCUUAUAGAAAAAUGAUUCCAGCAAUGGAUAGGAGAAUGAUCACCCCAUACCUGGAUGGGCCAGACAUCAGCACUUUAGAAUCAGAAGAUGGUGAAAGCUUUAUAUCAGUUAAAGAUGAUGUGUUUGCUGACCAAGCUACUCAGGAAUCAGUGUUCAAGAAAGCUAAAGCAAAAGCGAAAAAAAAGCCAAGAAAACGUUCAGACAGCUCUGGGGGUUAUAACCUUUCUGACAUUAUUCAGAGCCCACCUUCAACAGGUCACUGUCUUUUGAAGUCUGAAAGGGCCAAUUCUGUAGAGUCCCUUCAAGAGUUGUUGACGUCUGAUUCUGAAGGGAGUUUUGCUGGAGCAAGUAGCCCUAGAGAUUUGCAGUCACCGGACCUCUCUGUAGUCUUCACUCCUGAUAAAAAUGAGGCAAAAAGUAAAUUUUUCACUGUGAGUACCAGCGCCCCCUCACCUGUAGAAAGUAGCCCUACAAGCAUAAAGAUGCCAAAAAACAAAGCUUCUACUCCAGAAGCUAUUCCAACUACGAGGGUCUCGUCUGCCAGCUCUCCAAAUUGGGUUUCAGUGGCCUUCAGCCCACCUAGUCCACCAGCUGUGGACCUCAGAAAAAUAAUGGAAAUUGAAGAAAACAUGCAAAAGUGUGGAGCUACACCAAAGCUGACGACUGGAGGGUCCAAAGCCGGCGUACAAGGGGCAAAACUUUCCCAGAAGCAGAGGAAAAUGAUGGCAAUGUCUUCCAAGGACUCAAGCACCAGUAGUGAGAACACGCCAACUAAAACGGCAGCUCCCUCAUCCGCCAAUGCAAAAAGCACCCCAAAAACAUGGGCCGCUUCUUUAUCAUCAGGGGAUCAGAAGUGUUUCCGUGACCUCUUACAGGAAGAGCAAAAUUCUGUCAUCUCAUUUCAUCCGCUGAGCACUCAUGGGAAAAAGAACACACAAAUCGAGGAACUUGACCCGCAGACAUUUGGAAGAAAACCUGCUGGAACUUUGACUCAUGAAGCUAAAUCGAGAAGUGAAGCACUGCAACAUGACGGCUCCAACCCUUGGCUUUCAACAUUCAGUAAAAACACUGCAUCCGCGGCUCCAGUGACGUUUACGACAAUUGUAGAAGAAACAAAAAAGCAAGAGGCUGCUCUGAUCAGAAGCAGGGAGAAGCCUCUGGCAUUGAUCCAGAUUGAAGAAAGAGCCAUUCAAGAUUUGUUAAUAUUUUAUCAAGCAUUGGGCAAUCCUGAUGAGUAUAUAACUGUUGAGAGAGCAGCUCAAGGUCCUAUUGCAACACCAAUGUGGAACAAACACUGAUUGGAACUCAUGGUCUUCAUGGGAAUCUUUUUGGGUUUUUUUUUUUUUUUGUAAAAGGUAUUUUCUUCUGAAGUAAGUUGUUUUGUUUUUCAAAUCAUAGUCACAUUAAAAACAGAUCAUAGUCCAAAUUACUUAAAUGGGAAUAAUGCCCUCGAAAUAAGCAGGAAUUAGCAUUGAACUUUUUCAGUGGUCCCUGUGAUGCAUAGUGUUGCUAGCCAGCAGGAGAUACUUUGCCAUUGCAACAAACAGCUGUCAAGCUGUGAACUAA